CUCUCCCCCUCUCUCAGAACACUGCCACUCUCUCUGURACCACCCCCACCACCUCGUCACUACCUCCCAGUUAGAGGAAGUUCACUCCACUUCACUAUUCUGUCAGAUUCUGCAGCAGCACGUUGAACACCGAGCGGGUGUGUCGGACAUUAAACGCCUCAGGGAACCUUUUGUGUAUCGCUGGAAAGAGGAACCUUUCUGCCAGGGAAAAGACACCAGGCCGUGGCCCCACCAUGCAUGUGAGACAUGACCAACAAGGCAGCCUGGGAUAGCUCGAGCAGCCCCCCGAGCAGCAUGGAGCCUAUGGGCAGCUGCGCCCCCUUGGCCUCAGAGUCGGACAUCUACCGCAGUGUCCAGGCCGUGCUCAGGGAACUGGAGAGCCAGCAUCCCUCCUCUGRGCACAAUAAAGGGAUGCUAAGAUGGACGCUGCACAAGAAGGUUCGGAACAAUCCUGCCAACAGUCUCAUUCUGGUGAGAGUCGUCGUCAAGGAGCUGGAAAGGGCUGAGAGGGUAGACUGUCGGACACACAUCAUCCCCCUGCUCCACACACUCAUCUAUGCUGUCAUACAGUCAGCAUAUCUUCCUGACGACCUGUACAAGCGGGUGUAUGACUUCUGUAAGAGGCUGCUUACCCUCCCCCAGCCCUACUGUACUGUAGGCCUCAGCUACACCAGACGCAUGAAGACAGAACGCUACACGCCAGGAGUGCUGUAUCAGAGGAUGGUGGUUGCAGAGCAGAGCCUGAAGAAUGACUACCAUCCCUUUCAGGAGAGGGUGUUUGUGUUCGCCGAUCCGGCGGUCUUCUCGGGCCCCCACGGUGAGGCGGUGAGGGGGGACAUCGAGGCCUCGGGGUCAGGGGGGUAUCUGAAUCCCCUUGACCACAUGCGGAGCGUGGUCCAACACUCCAUCCAGGCUGCUCUAGGAGGGGAGCUGUGCCACAGUCCCAAACUGGCACAGGCACUGAAGGAAAUUGGCCAGGACGUGGAACCGUACUUCCAGGAAGUGGUGGCCAGUCUGGAGCAGAGUGUGGAGGAGGGCAGUAAGGGGGAAGGGGUGUUGCUGAGGGGGAGACUMGGACAACUCUACAGAGAGAUCCUCACCCAUACUGGCACAUCAGACACAUUGUCCUCCGGUGGUGGGGGAUGCCUGUGUGACAUGCCGCUUCCCAARCCGGAGAUGAGCUUCCACCUGUGGAGGGAGGAUGAGGAGAUCUGGCGCGAGCUGGCCAAGUGCGUGCGCUCCAGCUCCAUGUCGGCUGAACACUUCUGCUUCAGCCAGGACCAGGAGACCGACUUUGACCUCCCCGCCGACCUCACUUCCUCCUCCGCCAUGCCCCGCCACUCCGUGAUGUCCAACCACUCCGUGAUGUCCAACGACAGCGGCAUCGAGAGGGACCUUCCCCCUGGGGUUGAGCCAUCAGUGGUGGAACCCUCUGGUGGUUCGGAGGAGGGGGAGGCCAGGUUAAGCCGACGAGGAGGCAUCAAGAUGAGGCCGUCAGUCACAGACAAUAUGGCCCUGAUGCAGGACGCUCUGGAGGAGAGCGGGAGUGUGGCCGGGGGAGGGGGAGGCGGGGGAGGGGGGACACUUCAUAGGAAGGCGGGGUGCAGCGGGACUCCCUCAUUCUCCAAGCAGCAGAGGCACUUCACGGCCCGGAUCGUGGUGAUGGGGGACGACAGGGUGCUGGGGAAGCUGGCUAAGGCCUUCUACUUUCUCCGGAAAAGGGAAGCGCGUCGUCUCUUUCUGACGAUGAAAGUCAACUUCCAGUUUUACUACAUCCCUGUCUGUGAGGAUCCCAGUCCCACCUGUCCUGUCAAAGAAAAGCUCUCCCCAACCCGGGAAAACCCCUGUGCCUUGGGUUCCUACUUGGGAAUGGUGGAUCCAUGGUACGACUGCAACAUCAACAGCCUGGGUUCCAUGAUCCCCAAGCUGGCCAAAAUGUCCAACAGUAGCAAGCAGGCAGAGCCUAACCCCUUCCUGUCUGAUGUCAUUUCCUACUACGUGCGGACCGGACUGCAGCCUGUUUACUUCACCAUCUACUCUGUCAAGAUCUGCUUCUCCAACCUGACCAAGGACUCAGUGGAGGACGUGUUUCUCUCCCACUUAGAGCUGGACUUCGAGUUCAAACAGUCCCCAACUACUUUGAAAGCCACGACCAUCAAGCAGAAGAAGAACACAGGAGACGUGUGUGGUGCUGUCGUCUCUGUCAACUACAAAAAGGUGUCGUUGAGUGGUAGAGACGUAGAUAAGGGUAUGUCAGUGAGGACCUCAGGUGUUCAGAUAAGUGCCAUCCCCUCCAAUGAAACUGAAGAUCUGAACUGUCUUACAGUAGCUUUCAACGAAACUAAACCCAAGAACACCAUGGAGGCCAAGAUUCGUACCUGUAACAUUAAGAUCAGAACCCUGGAGAUGAAAACCUUCACUGUGACCCUGGACAAAGACUCUAGGAGGACCUUCAAAGACGUACAGAGCAUAGAGAUCGCACCCUGUCUUGAUCCUGGAUACUGUGUCCAGAAGACCAUGCGGUCCAAGUUCAGUUUGGGGGAAGAGGAGAGGGACGCUGGCCUCAGCAAGUACAUGAACAAAGGACUUCCUCUACCAAUCAAUACCUUCGCUGGUAUCAUUAACUGACAGAUCCCACAACCAUCUGGAUGGACUCUACUGUACAGAGACUGAAACAUUGAGACCAUCCACAUUGUAUGACGAUCAGGGAUGCGCUCAGUACUCACAACAGGGCCUCAGUGUACCUUGAGGGGAUGUGGAAAGAGAACCUGGGUGGCAGCUAAGGGUAACCCACGGUUAUUUACCUGGUGUAGCCUUGACAAGAAAACAAGUUGAGUUUGACAAAUGUUAGAUUUGUCAACAAACAAAUUCAUUUGCCAUGGGUAUUGGAUCUCGUUCCAGUUUCUGCUUGUGACAGUUAUCAUAUACUGUGCCCAUGGGCGUAUCUCUGACUGACAGCAUAGUCAAAGAACAAUAUUGCCUCUAAAAUUGACAAUUUUAUGAGAGUGAAGCUGAGGUGGUAUUAGCUCCUAGAUAGGCUUUAGCUCAGAGGACUAACAUAAACUUGACAACCUGGGUUCAAAAUCUGGUCCAUCAGAAGAGUAGCCCACCCUCCCAAUCAUCUAACCUAAGGGAAGACUCAUCCAUCCCUUGACGUCAGGGUUGGGGCAAAUUCCAUUUCAAUUCAGUAAAGUUAUGGAGUAAACUGAAAUUCCCAUAGGAAUUGACUGAAUUUAAAUGGAAUUGACCCCAACCCUGCUUGCCAUGUAAACACACUACCUGCUGCUCUUUGAGUUCCGACACUGAAUAACCCUGGUAGGGUCAUUUUCAUUACUUAGCUUGGCAGAAGAACAYCUUAAAGAUAGUUUGAUGUCUUGGUGAGCUAACAACAGAAGCUCUUGAAGCAGUCACUUGUUGGAUUAACCAGUUGUUUAAAAAAAAACAGGUUCUAUUUAAAGGUGCAUAUAGCUCUCUGAGCUCGUCUAUGUUCUUGUGAGUUAGCAAUAAAGGUUUGAAUGCACUGUG